AUGGCAGCUGAUUCUCAAAAUGUUGGAGCACAUUGGCCUGGUAAUAAAGAUGAUUAUGUUUUGCAAGAUGCGAUAGGAGUUGGAGCAACAGCGACAGUUUACAGAGCGCUUUGUAAACCAAGAAAUGAACUUUGUGCCAUAAAAUGUAUAAAUCUUGAAAAAUGCCAAACAUCAGUUGAUGAACUUUCACAUGAAAUUCAAGCAAUGUCUUUAUGUUCACAUCCAAAUGUUGUCAAUUAUUAUACUUCUUUUGUUGUUGGUGAAGAACUUUGGGUAGUUAUGCGUCUUCUUAGUUGUGGAUCUAUGCUGGAUAUUUUGAAAAGAAAAAUUAAAGCUAUGGGUAAAGAUAAUGCUGCUUAUGGUGUUUUGGAUGAAGUUACAAUUGCUACAAUUUUAAAAGAAGUACUUAAAGGACUUGAAUAUUUUCAUAAUUCUGGACAAAUCCAUAGAGAUAUUAAAGCUGGUAAUAUUUUGUUGGCAAAUGAUGGGACUGUUCAAAUUGCUGAUUUUGGUGUUUCUGGUUGGUUAGCUGCUAGUGGAGGAGAUUUAUCUAGACAAAAAGUUCGGCAUACUUUUGUUGGCACGCCAUGUUGGAUGGCACCAGAAGUAAUGGAGCAAGUGGCCGGUUAUGAUUUUAAAGCAGAUAUUUGGAGUUUUGGAAUUCUUUGUAUUGAACUAGCCACUGGAACUGCUCCAUAUCAUCGUUAUCCUCCAAUGAAAGUUCUUAUGCUUACACUUCAAAAUGAUCCUCCAACUUUGGAGACAAAUGCUGAACGUAAAGAUCAGUACAAAGCUUAUGGAAAAAGCUUUCGAACUAUGAUAAAAGAUUGUCUUCAAAAAGAUCCAGCUAAAAGGCCAAAUGCUUCAGAAUUACUUAAAUAUUCUUUUUGCAAAAAAUCUAAAGAUAAGAAUUGGUUAGUUCAUUCACUUAUUGAAAAUAUUGGUGCUGCACCGAUACUCCCUACUUUACCAAAGAAAGUUCAAAGUGGAAAAUUAAAAAAGGAUAAAGAUGGAAAUUGGGAAUUUGAAUAUGACACUCCAGGAAAUGGAGAUUCUGAUGGAUCGUCUGGAGAACAUUCUGAAAAUGAUAAUGCAACACUCCGUCCAAGUAAAACUGUGGAUAGACCAGGAGUUUCUGAAGGAUCAACCAAUGCUCCAAAAGCAUUAAAUCUUGUAAGCGAAAUUAAUUUUUUAAUUAAAAUUUUAUUUUAA